UGCUUUCCACACAGCGGAAGUAAAUAAUCGCCAUCUAGUGAGGGAGGGUACGUUUAGCUAGCCUCUUGAAAUAGCUGUUAUUGAACUCUGAGCUAUUUGUCUCUAUAUGGUCAAUCUUAUGUUUUAGUCUGAUUGUGAGCAAAUAUUCCCUUUCAAUAUUUUACUAACUCUUGUUUGCAAGAGGUUUGUAAGCAGGUUAGAGUGAGGCUAGAGCAAAGGAGGACGGCCUGCUUCGCGUGGGUUCCAUUGAACGUAACUUAUAGCUGCUGCUAACGUUAGCUUAGCUAACAUAGCUAGCUACAUAGCUGGUCCAAUAGUUGGCUGACUCUUUGGAGCAAGUUCCAGGGGGAUUGUUUCAGUGCUUAUCUUUCCUGUUGGGAUUAAUUAGCCGACCCUGGCAACCGUGUGGAAGAAAAGUUGAGGUAGCUAGGCUAGCUACCUGCUAAGAUGAUCAUUGAAAACCUCGAUGCCUUUAAAACGUGGCUUUCCAAAACGCUCGAGCCCAUCUGUGAUGCAGAUCCCUCUGCCCUCGCUAAAUAUGUCGUUGCGCUGGUUAAAAAAGACAAAAGUGAGAAGGAGCUGAAAGCCUUAUGCAUUGACCAGUUGGACGUGUUUCUUCAGAAAGAGACACAGAUAUUUGUCGACAAACUUUUUGAAGCUUUGAUUAGCAAAAGCUACCAACCUCAUCUUGAGCAGCUAUCCUCUGGGGUUAGGGCAGAAGGGCACCACAAACCAGACAAGGAGGAACCGAGAAAAGAUGAGCCCAACCGUGAAGAAGACCGGGAGAAGAAGUUCUCCAGGAGAGUGAACCACAGUCCCCCUCCAUCCAGCUCUCGCUACAGCCGGGAUAGCAGGAGAGUCGACGACCGCAAGAGGGACGACCGCUCCAGGAAGAGGGAUUAUGACCGCAACCCCCCACGGCGGGACUCUUACCGGGACCGGUACAACCGGAGACGGGGCCGGAGUCGCAGCUACAGCCGCAGUCCGAGCUGGAGCAAGGACCGCCCCCGUGACCGGGAGAGGGAGCGCGACCGGGAGCGGAGCAGGACUCACAGCAGGAGCAAGUCCAGGAGCAGAGACCGUGAUGGCGGCAAGGCAAAGUACGACCAGGACAGGACGGAGCGGGUCGAACCCGGCGGCGGCGGCGGCACAGAGGGCUACACGCCUGCCCCCCUGGUUUCUACGCCGACCACAACGCACUUCCCCGUGCCGACGCUGAGCAGCACCAUCACCGUGAUCGCGCCCACGCAUCACCACGGCAACAGCGCCACCACGGAAAGCUGGUCCGACUUCCACCCGGAUCACCCGUUAGACCGCGCCCCCUUCGCCAGGGGCCCGAUCCAGAGAAAGCGUUGCCGUGACUACGACGAGAAAGGCUUCUGCAUGCGGGGUGACAUGUGUCCCUUUGACCACGGCAGUGACCCAGUUGUUGUAGAGGAUGUCAACCUUCCCAACAUGCUUCCCUUCCCGGGCCCCCCUGGCAGCGAGCCCCAGCCCCCUCCUGGGCUCCCACCCCCUCCCCCCCUCAUGGCCCCCCCACCGGUCAACCUGAGACCUCCGGUGCCCCCCCCUGGUAUCCUGCCCCCCAGUCUACCUCCUGUUGCAGGCCCCCCGCCUCCCCUCCUCCCCCUGCAGGCGUCAGGGAUGGACGCCCCCCCUAGCUCCAUCACCAGCUCCGUCCCCACCAUCGUCACCUCGGGAAUACGCCCCUCCAUCCCCCAGGCCCCGCCUCCUCUCUUCACAUCCGAUUCGUUUGAGUCUGACGUGUACAACCCUGAGGCCCCCAGCAUCACCAACUCCUCCAGGCCCAUGUACCAGCGCCACCGGCCCAUCGCCCAGCGGUCCAACCUCAUAGGCCUGACCAUGGGGGAGGUGGACCUGCCCCCCAGAGAUAAAAUGUCAAACAGCAACAACAUGCGGAUUGUUCUGGAGGCAGACCCGAGGAAGAGACCCAUGAUGUCUCAGGAUGGAGGCAUCCUCUCUAAGAAGCCCUGGUUUGACAACACUAGGCCGAGCUACAACAAGCCUAACCACCAGGGCUACCAGCGGAGGCCGUUCACCUCCGCCAACGCCAAGCUGCUGGUCCGCCAGAUCCCCUCGGUGGUCAACAACAUCAGCAAGCUCAACGAGCACUUCAGCAAGUUUGGCACCAUCGUCAACCUGCAGGUGGCCUAUCAGAACGACCCUGAGGCGGCGCUGAUCCAGUUCUCCACCAAUGAGGAAGCCAGGCGGGCCAUAACCAGCACGGAGGCGGUCCUUAAUAACCGCUUCAUCAAGGUGCACUGGUACCGUGAGGACGGCCAGGGUCCUGGGCCGGGGAUGAACCACAACCAGGGCCACGGUCCUGGACAGACCCAGGGCCCAGGGCAGGGUCAUGGGCCUGGGCUCAACCAUAACCAGGGCCCGGGGCAGGGCCACCCCCAGAGCCACCUGAUGGAACAGCAGCUGUCCGCCACCUCCCUCAAACAGUCUGUCAAAGACCGCCUCGGUCCGCUGCCUGCUGGGAACUCUGACCCCACGCCCGACCUCAGCACUGCCCCUCUGAAUGCAGCUAAGUCAGUGAAGGAGAGACUAGGAUUUGCUUCCAAACCGGGAGUAACUGCUGCAAAAGUGUUCACCACCUCCACGGGACUCACCAAGACGGUGUACAACCUGACGGCUCUGAAGGCCGCCCACAAGACGGCCCUGGUGGCUGGGGUCGCCGCCACGGAGGAAGCCCUGAAGAAGAAGCAGGAAGCUCUGCGGCUCCAACAGGAUGUGAGGAAGAAGAAACAGGAAAUCCUGGAGAAGCACAUAGAGACUCAGAAGCUGCUGAUCAGUAAACUGGAGAAGAACAGGGGGAUGAAGCCCGAGGAUAAGAGCCAGAUCAUGCAGACGCUGGGCUCCCUCACCAACACCAUCACCAAGCUGCAGCAGGACAUAAGGACCAACGUCACCCCCAGUCCCGUCAGGGUGGCCAAGAGCAAGGCCCAGGCUCAGAAGGAGCUGCUGGACACGGAGCUGGACUUGUACCAGAAGAGCCAGGCGGGAGAGGACACGGCCCAGCUCAAGAUCAAAUACACCCAGCUGCAGAUCGAGGCGGCUAAGAGGGGUCUCCUCGCGACGGGUCGGGGGCGAGGCCGAGGGUCUCAUCCCCGGGGUCGUGGGGUCAUGCGGUCCAGGGGGCGGGGAAUGCGAGGGCGUGGCCGCGGUGCUCCCCACCACGCCGUAGUGGACCACCGGCCCCGUGCGCUGGAGAUCUCCAGCUUCUCCGACGCAGACAGGGGAGACCUGCUGCCACACUUUGCUCAAUUUGGUGAUAUUGAAGACUGCCAGGUAGACGACCUUACCCUGACCGCCAUCAUCACCUACAGAACCAGGGCUGAAGCAGAGCUGGCUGCGGUCCACGGGGUGAGGCUGAACAGCAGUGAGCUGCGUCUGGCCUGGCACAAGCCUGCUCUCUGCCUCAGCACCGCCGACACGGACGAGGUGGACCUGGAGGAGGACGAGUUCCAGGAAUCGUCGCUGAUUGAUGAUGCGUUGCUCCAGGAUGACGACGAGGAGGAGGACGAUGACAACGAGCCCCGCCCCUGGCGCAGAUGAAAACCGACCAAUCGAUGUGCUCCAUGGUUGGCACCAGCAUGGAGACGCUGACCCUGCAAAUGCAACUUUGUUUUCAGUUGAUCUUUUUUUAAAUUUUUAGGUGCAUUUCACUAUGGCUAAACCUUAAUAGUUAAUACAUUUGGCUGUUUUUGCAGAGACCCAAACAGAUAAAAGUACCACUUGUUAGCAUCUUUGUUGUAUGUGGACUUAACAGAUGUAAUUUCUUUCAUGCUUUUAAAUGUUAGAAAAGUUCAGUAACCAUCAGACUUACCAGUAAAUUUUUGCUUAUACAGUAUUUGAUCAUCAGAGCCUUACUGAGUUCUUUUGAAAGAUGUUGACUGAUCAAAUUUUGAUAUAAAUACAAAAAUGUUUAAUGCUUAAUUAUGUUUUAUAAAAGGCUAUCAAACGUGUGUGAUAAAAGGCCGUAAGAUUUGCUGAUUAGAAAUAGCCUUCUGAGUAGUUGCUUUUGGUGUAAAUACUUUGUGAAUUAUUAUGAAUUUUAAUAAUUUGUAUGACUGCUUUGCUUCUCAAUUCUUGGCUUUAUUUGACAUGAAAAAAAAAAUAAAGAAUUGAAAUGGUCUGAGGAAAAAAAAGAUCAGCUGCAAAAAAAAAAAAGAGAAAAAAAAGAAAUAUUGCGGCAAUAACACAAAAAAAGGUGAAAAAAUGAGAUCAUAAAAAAAGCUGAAAAAAAGACCAUUUCAAAAAAAAUACCCCCAUUCUUCACAAAAAGAGCAAUGUUCCAUGCAAUAUUCCGUAACUCAAAGCUGGGUAAGUCCAGAUGUUGUGUAUCAUAACAAGGUAAGUGUCCACCAGUGUGGUAGAAGCAGUUUUCAUUCAGGAUUAGCAAGAGUGAAUGAAUAAUGCUUUCGAAUGGAAGAUAAUCAAAAAUGGAGAAUGUCACAAAUAUUUGCUUUCACUGAGGGUGAACAAUCUAGGGAUUUUCAAAUCUUGUAUUGUUUGUAAUGUGUUCUUUUUGUCAGUAGGUUCAAGUAACAGACAUCACAAGGCUGAGAUGAUGAACUUCUCCCUUAGGCUCCACCCUGGACUGCCAGACCCCUGGAGGAGCCGGACCGGAGGAGCCGGACCGGAGGAGCCGGACCGGAGGAGCCGGACCGGAGGAGCCGGACCGGAGGAGCCGGACCGGAGGAGCCGGACCAGACUCGCCAUGUUUGAUUGUCAUAGUUCAAUGUAAACCGUGAUUUUAUGUUCAACUUAAAACAUAAUGAAGAUUUGUUACCUUAUUAAAUUUGUUAAGUGAAAGAUAUACUUACCUGUU